UCAUAUUACAAUUUCAUUCUCAUCCUCUUCUUCCUUUUCUUUGAUUUUUUCCUACAUUAAGAAGGAAAUAUACCAUUAUCCACUUUAAGCAACAAAGAAGUCCAGCACUCACCACCAUAAUCAUAUAGAGUCAUCCUCUUCUUCUUCCGUUUCUUCAGAUUUUUUUUUACAAAUAAGAUCAAACUCAAAUAAACAUGUCUGAUUUGUUCAUCUUCAUAGCGUUGCUUUUGAGUACUUGUACUGGAUUGUCAGUAGCAACUGAUCAAACUUGUGGUAACAAAGUCGUAAGCACAAUCUUGGUCGACCAAACCGGUUCAGGAAAACACCAUACGGUUCAAGCUGCCAUUGAUUCGGUUCCUGAACCGAAUUCUCAAUGGAUCAAAAUCAAAGUAAAACGAGGUGUCUACAUAGAGAAGGUGAGUAUACCGUAUACGAAACCGUGCAUAAUAGUAGAAGGAGAGGGACAGAAAGUCACGACCAUCACGUACAAUGCUCACGAAGCCACUGAUGUCAGCUCCACUUUCAUCUCCUCCCCAUCCCAUGUUGUCGUCCGAAACUUAACAAUCAUGAAUUCGUAUAAUCGUUUGAGUUCUCUAAGUAAACCAAGUUGGAAUAUAAAGCCAGCGGUGGCGCUUGCUGUUUAUGGCGAUAAAUCAGCGUUCUACGACUGCGAGUUCUUGGGGUUACAAGACACACUGUGGGAUGUCCAAGGCAGACAUUUCUUCAAAAACUGUUACAUCGAAGGUGCUAUUGACUUCAUUUUUGGUAGUGGUCAAUCUAUCUACGAGGACUGUCGUAUAAAUGUAACGGCGGGAGCGUUGGCACCAAUAGUGAACUUUGGGUACAUAACGGCUCAAGCAAGAUGGAGUAUUAGGGACCCGAGUGGGUUCGUGUUCAUACGUGGAAGUGUAAGAGGGACCAUGAAUGUAUACCUUGGACGAGCCUAUGGUCCAUUCAGCCGAGUCAUUUUCUUCCAGACUUAUCUCGCUUCUGUCGUUAUCCCUCAGGGCUGGUUCUCUUGGAACUACGCUGGACACGAAGCGAGGUUCACGUACGCAGAAGUAGGUUGUAAAGGAGCGGGAUCGUAUUUAUCUGGAAGAGUUCCUUGGAUUAACAAAGUUCAAUCUACGCUCGCUAAGGAACAAUUCGCUACCUACUCUUUCAUCGACCAAGAUGGAUGGCUCUCGAAUAUUCCUCGUUUCUAAUAAUCACUCGCUAUUUAUUCUGUUGUUACAAAACUAUUUUAUAAUCUUGUUGUUUAGAACACUAUAUUGUGAGUUGACCCAAAAAAAAAAAGAGAACUCUAUAUUGUGAUUUAA